AGAGGUCUCCAACUGUGAUGCCUCUAGGGUCUGGGCAGGCCAUGUGAAUGACAGCAGGGGGCACAUGGGCCUGCGGUGACCCAGGGAGCCCUUGCUUGGCCCACCCUGCAGCUGCUCUCUGUUUUUGCUGGUUGUUGCCAAGAAAGGUUUGUGGGCCCCUGUGGCCGCUCUUCUGAUGUUUAGAGAGUAGGGAGCAGGCUUUUGUGUCACAUCUUCUGAUGUUUUCAAUGCUAGUGAUUGAUGCACAGUAGAAAAAAAUCUCUGUGCAGGCCAAGUCGAAUCCAUUUGCAGGUUGUGUGGGCCCAGAGUCUGCCCUGCAAACCCGGGACUGUGGGGCUGUUAAGGUUUCUUGUUGAUCGUGCCAUACGAUGUCCUCACCUGUAAAUGGUGGUGUGAUAUACGGUCCCUGCUCACAGAGCUGAAGAAUGUGUGGGCCCAAGCAAUCAUGGAAGACUCCUUGGAGGUGGUGCCAUCAGCAGGAGAGAGAGUUUGGUUGUGGGCAGUAUGGAAGGGGAGGAGAAACAGAUCAUGAGCGUCUUGUUAUUCAUCGAGCACUCGGUAGAGGUGGCCCAUGGCAAGUCGUCCUGCAAGCUCUCCCAGAUGGGCUACCUCAGGAUCGCCGACCUGAUCUCCAGCUUCCUGCUCAUCGCCAUGCUCUUCAUCAUCAGCCUGAGCCUGCUGAUCGGCGUAGUCAAGAACCGGGAGAAGUACCUGCUGCCCUUCCUGUCCCUGCAAAUCAUGGACUAUCUCUUGUGCCUGCUCACCCUGUUAGGCUCCUACAUUGAGCUGCCCGCCUACCUCAAGUUGGCCUCCCGGAGCCGUGCUAGCCCCUCCAAGUUCCCCCUGAUGACACUGCAGCUGCUGGACUUCUGCCUGAGCAUCCUGACCCUCUGCAGCUCCUACAUGGAAGUGCCCACCUAUCUCAACUUCAAGUCCAUGAACCACAUGAAUUACCUCCCCAGCCAGGAGGAUAUGCCUCAUAACCAGUUCGUCAAGAUGAUGAUCAUCUUUUCCAUCGCCUUCAUCACUGUCCUUAUCUUCAAGGUCUACAUGUUCAAGUGCGUGUGGCGGUGCUACAGAUUCAUCAAGUGCAUGAACUCGGUGGAGGAGAAGAGAAACUCCAAGAUGCUCCAGAAGGUGGUCCUGCCGUCCUACGAGGAAGCCGUGUCUUUGCCAUCGAAGACCCCAGAGGGGGGCCCAGCACCACCCCCAUACUCAGAGGUGUGACCUUCGCCAGGCCCCAGCCCCGGUGCUGGGAGGGGUGGAGCUGCCUCAUAAUCUGCUUUUUUGCUUUGGUGGCCCCUGUGGCCCGGGUGGACCCUCCUGCCCCUCCCUGGCAGGACAAUCUGCUUGUGUCUCCCUCGCUGGCCUGCUCCUCCUGCAGGGCCUGUGAGCUGCUCACAACUGGGUCAGCGCUUCAGGCUGAAUCACUCCUCGGGUCUCUCCAUAAUUCAGCCCGACAAUGCUUGGUUUAUUUCAAUCAGCUCCGACACUUAUUUAGACGAUUGGUCAUUCUAAAGUUGGUGAGUUUGUCAAGCAACUAUCGACUUGAUCAGUUCAGCCAAGCAACUGACAAAUCAAAAACCCACUUGUCAGUUCAGUAAAAUAAUUUGGUCAAAAAACAGUCUAUUGCAUUGAUUUAUAAAUAGUUGUCAGUUCACAUAGCAAUUUAAUCAAGUAAUCAUCAAUUAGUUACCCCUUAUAUAUAAAUAUAUGUAAUCAAUGUAUUCAAAUAGCUUGCUUAAAUGAUAAUCAAUUAGCCAACCAUGAGUCAUUUAGAAUAGUGAUAAAUAGAAUACAUAGAAUAGUGAUGAAAUUCAAUUUGAAAAAUCAAGUUAGCCUCCAAACCAUUUAAUUCAAAUGAACCCACCAACUGGAUGCCAACUCUGGCGAAAGUAGGACCUCUGAGUGGCUGUGUAAUUGUUAAUUCAAAUGAAAUUCAUUUAAACAGUUGACAGACUGUCAUUCAACAAUUAGCCCUAGGAAAUAAUAGUUAUUUCAUCAUAAAACAGUCCCUUCAAACACACAAUUGUUCUGCUGAAGAGUUGUCAUCAACAAUCCAAUGCUCACCUAUUCAGUUGCUCUGUGGUCACUGUGGCUGCAUAGCAGUGGAUUCCGUGAAAGGAGUCAGUUCAGUCACAGUCAUUUUAGUGAUGAGCUGCCAGUCUAUUCCCAGGUGAGGCCGUCGCUGGCCAUUCAGUCGAUUCAGUCAUAGGCGAGUCAGUUUUGCCCGAGGCUUGUGGUCAAGCAAAAAUUCAGCCCUGAAAUCGGGCACAUCUGUUCGUUGGACUAAACUCACAGGUUAGUUCAGUCAAAGCAGGCAACCCCCUUGUGGGCACAGACCCUGCCACUGGGGUCAUGGUGGUUGUGGAGCCGGGGAGGUUUGGCCCUAACAGCCCUCCUGUGCCUGCCUCCCUGUGUGUCGGGGUCCUCCAGGGAGCUGACCCAGAGGUGGAGACCACGGGGGCAGGGUCUCUGGGGACUGUCGGGGGGUACAGAGGGAGAAGGCUCUGCAAGGGCUCCCUGGCAAUACCCCCUUGUGUAAUUGCUUUGUGUGCGACAGGGAGGAAGUUUCAAUAAAGCAGCAACAAGCUUC